UUUACGAUGGAUAUUCGAUUCAAUAGAUUCCUAAGUUUAGUGAUAAUUUUAUCUCUGGGAUUUGAGGCAAUCAACAGUGAAGAUCAAGGCUUAAGCUACGAUUCAGAUAAUCUAACGCUAACAGAAAUUAAAAAUUGUUCUAAUGAGCGUUCCGUCGAAGACUUUCCAGAAGAUAUUUUUACAAGAGAUCAACUGCAGCAUGGAGCUGCUUUGUUGCAUACUUUUUUUGGAUUUUAUUGCUUUUUAUUGACUGCAUACGUAUGCAAUGACUAUUUACUACCGGCGCUUGAUAUUAUUUGUGCGGAAUUAAAAAUAAGUGCCGAUGUUGCGGGCGCGACAUUUUUGGCUACCGCUAGUUGUUUUCCCGAAUUAUUUGUCAAUGUUGUCGGUACUUUUUUGACCGAAUCCGACCUAGGAGUCGGUACUGUUGUAGGAGGUGCUGUUUUUAAUACAUUUGCUACACCGGCUUUUGGCGCUUUAUCAGCAGCGCAGGUAAAUUAUAUUAUUUACAUUUUUUUUUUCCUUAUUUUCAUUAAUACCAUUUUAUGAUUGUAUUUAUGAAGAGCUUAUCUAUAAGUGGGUAUUCUUGAGAUAGAAAUUAAAAGAGGUCAAUAACGUUCAUUUAUUUUCCUAAAAUAUAAAUUUAUUUUUUUCUUCCAGGGAAUUCAAUUAGACGGGUGGAUUUUGUCACGUGAUUGCAUUAUUUACAUCAUAUCUGUGAGUGUGCUCGUUAUCGUAAUGUGGGAUGCACGUGUUACUUGGUACGAAGCUAUGAUUUUAAUGAUACUAUUUACAGCGUACUUCGCUUUAUUGUUUUUAAAUAAAUUUGUUAUAAAAUUUUCGAAGAAUAUUAAAGAGUUUUUUAGUAAAAAUUCAUCGCUUGCCGUAAAAACAGAUACUCCGUUUGUUUGGCCGAGCGGAAGUUUUCUAAAAAAAUUCUGGUUUUUACUGACAUGGCCAGCGAAACUAAUUUUAUUCGUAACGAUACCAGACACUCGGUAUAAAAAGUUUCGUAAUUGGUAUCCAAUAACUUUCAUAAUGUGCGUUAUGUGGAUAGCCAUAUCGUCUUAUCUAGUUAGCUGGAUGAUGAGUGUUGUCGGUGAUACCCUCGGCAUAUCUGAUUCUAUUAUGGGUAUAACAUUUUUAUCUGCCGGAGGUAACAUGCCCGAACUAGUAUCUAUUGUUAUUCUUUCCCGCCAAGGAAAUGGAGAUAUGGCGAUGAGUAACACACUCGGAGCUAACACGCUGGAUAUUUUACUGUGUUUGGGCUUACCGUGGAUGAUCAAAACUAUUAUGACAGGAAGCGAUGUCGUAAUAGAGUCGGGUGCCAUCGCUUACAGUAUUAUGUCGAUAGUUGUCUGUGUUGUGGGAUUUUUUGGUGUCACUGCCUUCUACAAGUAUCAGUUGAACCGCAAAGUUGGGUACGCUUGUCUUGUUAUGUACGUACUUUUUUUGACAUUUGCUAUCCUCAUGGAGACUAAUAUUAUUUUUUCGACUAGCCGAUGUAUAUUAACUAGUGAUAAUAUUUUAUAG